UUAAGUUUCAAUGGACAGAAGAAUGUUCGAAGCUGCUUGGACCGGGGACCUUACGGUCUUAAAGAGGCUAGCAAAAGAGGAUCGUCGAAUCCUUCAUUCUCCUUCUUUGUUAGGCGGAGACAACCCAUUACAUAUUGGUUGUAUGGCAAGUCACCAUGAUUUUGUCAAAGAGUUGAUGAUGUUGAAUAGAAAUCUUGCAUAUGAUCUGAAUGAAGACGGUUUAAGCCCACUUCAUAUUGCAGCAGCAAUUGGUGACUUCAUUGUCGUGCAUGAACUCGUGAUAAUCAACAAUAUGGUAAAAUUGUGUGAGAUUGAAGGAAAAGAUAGGUGCAUCCCUCUUCAUUGCGCAGUUAUUAAAGGUAGAUUGGAUGUAGUUAAUUUGUUGAUUGAGAGUGAUCCUGAUUCCAUAGAGAAGGCUACUGCUCAAGGCGAGACUGUUUUUCACUUAGCCAUAAAGAACAACCAAUUCAAGACUCUGCAGAUUCUACUAGAUCAUCUCUAUCGACUGGGAAAGCUCAAUUUACUCGAGAACAAAGAUGACCAAGGCAAUACCAUCUUGCAUCUAGCCACUUCAAGGAAACAAUAUGAGGUAAUUCGUCUCUUAAUUCCAAAGCAUGGAGUCUCCCAAUUAGUACCAAUGGUGGAUGUAAAUGCAACGAAUGAAAAUGGUCAAAGUCAAACACCUCUUGAUGUUUUAGUACUUAUUCAUGAAAUGGGUGAUGAUCACAACAACAACAACUAUGAGAAUGGGAUCGCUGCAUAUGAUAAAAAAGUGUGGGUGGAGGAUAUCUUACUGCGAGCUGGAGCUCGGAAAUGUGCAAAUGAUCAAUCACUGGUUAUUGAAGGACAGGUUAUUGUAGAGGCUGAUCAGACUGACCAAACAGGUAACAACGAGAACAUGACAUGGUACGAUUUAUUAAAGUACAAAAAAGGGAGGGACUCGCCCGGAGAUGUACGCAAUUGUCUUUUGGUUAUUGUUGCCCUAAUCACCACCGCUACUUACCAAUUUAUGUUGAGCCCUCCGGGUGGUGGAUGGCAAGAAAACUGGUUUUGUUCAUCGGUAUACAUGAUAACGUUGUUGACGUUUGGAUUUCCGUUGAUGAUUGAGUUGCUUGUUGCCUUGAGCGGCAUCACAAUGACUUACUUCGUCUCUAUGUUUAUUGUCAUGCCAAAUGAUGCCGUGUCACUCAUUUUCAAGAAGGUUUACAAGUUUUGGGGUUAG